AUGUCAGAGCUUUAUGAAAACAAAGUAUGCCUAUCGCCGAUGGUCCGCUCGGGAACUUUACCGUUGCGACUGCUGUCGCUACGCUAUGGCGCUGACCUUGUUUACGGCGAAGAGAUCAUUGAUAAGCGCAUCAUUUCGUCUAUUCGUGUGCCGAAUGAGGUCGUCAAUGCAGUGGAUUUUGUGAGUCGCAACGGUGACUCGGUAGUAUUCCGCACAUGUUCGGAAGAGUCCAAAAAAAUAGUUUUCCAGAUUGGAACAGCUGAUGCAGUAUUAGCGCUGAAGGCGGCGGAGAUGGUAGCACGUGACGUAGUGGCUGUGGAUAUAAACAUGGGCUGUCCUAAACACUUUUCAAUUCAAGGAGGAAUGGGAGCAGCCCUUUUAAAGAAACCAGAAGUGGCUUGUGAUAUUAUGAAAAGCCUGCGGCGAAAUCUAAAUAUCCCAGUGUCAUGUAAAAUUCGUCUUCUUUCAGAAACUCAAGACACGAUCGAUCUUGCGAAACGCUUAGAACAUGCAGGAGCUUGCGCGAUUGGUGUGCACAUGCGCCAGGUUCACGAACGCCCUCGUGACAAGGCGAGCUGGGAUAGGUUGGCGCCCAUUGUAUCGGCGUUAUCUGUUCCAGUGCUUGCAAACGGCGAUGUCUUUGCGUAUGAAGAUAUGAAAAAGCUUCGAGCAAUUUCCGGCGUAUCUUCUUUCCUCAUUGCUCGCGGAGCAUUAGCAAACGCGUCUAUAUUUCGAGAAAAUGGCCGGUUGCCUGUUGAUCAAGUAGUGCGCGAGUAUCUGAUGGCCGCUGCAGAGGUAGACAAUGUAUUUCAAAACACCAAAUACAACGUGAUGCGAAUGAUUCCAAAUUCGCACGCAGACGCAUACGCCAGCGAAAACAAUUAUGGGUAUGGAAAGAAUGCCCGUGUUGUGACUGUUUCUGAACUGGCUGCGACAAAGAAUCCCUUGCAAAUGUACUCGCUGUGGGAUUUGCAAAAUUGCUAUCUCCAGUGUCAGGAUCAGUUUCGUGUCAAAGCGGCUGCAGUGAAAGAGAAGGAAAAUUUACAGGACCAGAUUCUCCGAAAUUCAGCCAUAUCGCCGCCAACGGAAAAUCAUCACGGCAAUGACUCGAAAGAUAUUGAGUUUCAUGACAAUCUCAUGAGCAAACCUGAACUUUACUGCGUGGCCUGUAAAAAGCAGCUGCUUAGUGAGCAGGACGUCAAAUUGCACUUGAAAGGUCGAAAGCACAAAAAAGUGUUGAGUCGUCAAGCUUCCGCCACCUUUUCAAAGGUAUAUGCGAAAACGCAGCUGGAGCAAAACCUUCCGACAAGUGACGCAACUCAAUCGAGCAACACUGACAGUGGCGGAAUGGAAUUUCGACAAUGCGAAGAAGAAAGCAAGCGUGAUUUCAAACGCAGUAAACUUGAGGACUCUGUUACAAUAGCAUAG